AACCGGGCCGUUAAGCCGUACUUCAAUAGCAUAACUGAAAUACUUCCAGUGAAAUCCAUCAGGUCUCGUAGCGGUUACUGAGAGGGAAAGCUGUAUCUCCAAAAGAAAACCUAAUCUUGAUCCGUGCCGCCUCCCGGAGGAUGGAGCUCAUGGAUUGCGCUGUGGCGUUUGGCCACAGCUCCUACUAACUCGUCCUGCAAAACCAGUGAGGAAAGAUUCUCUUUUAAGCCGUCCUUAUAGCGCCAGAGACGACUCACACCGUCUCUCCAUUUAUGCUGGUGUUGAUGCUCAGAAACAGAAUCGAGACAAACCACAAAAAGAGAUGAAUCAGAUCAGUCAUGAACUUGCCAAGCAGCCUGAGACUUCCUCAGAAACAUCUGCAAAAUCAAUAAGAUUUCCUCACCAUGAUUCUUCUGCCUCGGGAAAGGGAAGCGGAAGGUCUAAAAUGUACGGAACGCUUGGAUCACAUUCAGAACUGGGCACAGCUAACUCAGCUCAAACAGUGGGUAUAGGUUCAGCUAGGAAAACUGAACACUCUACUGAACUUCACGUGGCUUCCUCUCACAUGGCUAGUUCACCUCCUGCUACGUAUUUUUUCAAAACUGAUGAAGAAAGGCCCACUUUUAAUUCGGUUACCAGCUUUGGAGAUCUCCCCAGCAUUUCUCAUCUAAGAUACUCUUCAGGAGAACCCUCGAGGUACGUCAUUAGGAAAUCAAAAUGCAGUUUUCAGUCCCCAGAAAAGUUAAUGUUUGAAUCACUUCUUAGUGCUGGGCUGGAUAAAACAGCAAACCAGAUGACCCGACUACCUUGCAGACAUUCUUGUUCACUUAACGGUGAGCCUGAGGGACAGAAGACUUCAUACUUUUCUCAAGAACCGUUUUUCCCAGCGAUGAGAACAAACGUUCACUUUGCAAAUCGAGCAAGAAGCACUAAUUUGCCAUUUUCUUUCACUUCUUCACAUUCAAGUAGAAAAGGGAACAGGGCAAAAAAAGCCCCUGAACCACCAUUUGAAAGAACUAUUAGCAAUUUUACAAGUACACCUUCUGGGGAGUCCUUGCGAGUCAGCCAAAGAACGAAACAGGAGCAGAAAAAUGUACAAGCUUCCACUAGGCCUCGAAAAAGACUGCAAUAUGAUGCUUUUAAGAAACAAGAACAUGGACCCAUGGGGGACCAUUCUGUAAAUAAAUACUUUAAUCCUUUGAAUCGAUCAUUUAAAGAUGCUUUAGCAACCAUGACCCAAAAUAAUUCUGAAACAACCACGCAAAUGACUCUAACAGAAGCAGAUCAGUUUGCUAAACAGCAAUCAAGAAAAUUUAAAAAACAGAAAACUGAAUAUAUGGAAAGGAUAAAGAAAGGCACAACCGAUUUUUCUCUUCCUCAUCGGAAUCAAAACAGUGCGAAAUCUGACCACUUGUUGCCGAAUGGCCGCUCUGCCAUUCAGUGUAAACAUAUUCCUUAUCACCUUAAUAACAAGGUUGUUCUUAAAAAGUAUUUUAGUCAAUUUGGAAAUGUGCAGGAGGUCUAUAUCAAACGCAACAAAUACAUGGCAGUUAUCUACUUUGGUGAUCAUGUUUCUGCUGGGGCUGCCCUGGCAAAGGAAAAGGGGAAGAGAUUACAUAGAAACAUCGUUAUGUUUUGGCACAACCAAAAAUCAAGAAUUGGAAAGGAAGAAUAUUUAGCCAAAGGAAAAAAAAUAAGAAAAAACAAUAAAAGUGAAGAGGAAAACCAUCAGAAUUUUUCUCUUCAAAAGCCUUCAGUAAAAUCUUUAGGCAAUGAUAAUCUGCCUAGCAAGAGCCUUUCACUUACAAAACUUGAACUUCUAAGGGGACUAAACCAAGAGGAAGAACUAUUUAGUUCUGAUGCUCAAAUGAAGCACCCAGAAAGUGUGAGAUCAGCGGUAUAUGGUGUCAGCAGUUUGAUGAGCAGAACUGCAAAGACUUCUGAAGAGAAAUAUAGAAUCCUCGAGCAAAGGGAUAAAAUCCUAAGACUAGCUCACAUAAAAAGAACUGAUUUGGAUAAAGCAAAACCCAUUGUUGGGACAUGUCCGGAUAUGUGUCCUGAAAAAGAACGCUACAUGAGAGAAAGCAGACAGCAACUCAGUAUUUUUGAAUUGCUUCCCGGAACAAGCAAGGUGGACCACACAGCAGCAAUUAAAGAAUAUAGCAGAUCAUCAGCCGAUCAGGAAGAGCCACUGCCUCAUGACCUUCGACCUUCAAGUGUCCUGAGCAUGACAAUGGAUUACUUAAUUACCCACGUGAUGAACAAAAUGGAAGGAAACACCCGAGAGUGGUAUGAUUUUAUUUGGAACAGGACACGUGGUGUAAGAAAGGACAUAACUCAGCAGAAUCUCUGUGACCCUCUGACGGUGUCCUUGUUAGAGAAGUGUACGCGAUUUCACAUCCACUGUGCUCACCACCUCUGCGAGGAGCCCGUAUCCUCCUUCGAUGCUAAAAUCAACAAUGAGAACAUGAUCAAAUGCCUCCAGUCCCUGAAGGAGAUGUACCAGGACCUAGCAAACAUGGAUAUUUACUGUAAGAGAGAAGCAGAGUUCAGAGCUUACAGUGUUCUGCUGAAUCUUAAUAACGGAGACGUACUCAGGGAAUUACAGCAAUUUCAGCCCACUCUUUGCAACUCACCUGAGGUUGUAUUUGCGGCUCAAGCUCUAAUUGCUUUAAACACCAAUAACUUUGUGAAAUUUUUCAAAUUGGUUCAGACGGCUUCCUAUCUCAAUUCCUGCAUCUUGCAUAGUUAUUUUAACCAGGUUCGCAGAAAUGCUCUGAAGAUUCUUAAUACUGCUUAUACUAUAAACUCUCAAAGAUCAACCACUUUUCCUCUGCGUGAUCUGAUGCACAUGUUGCUGUUUAGAGAUGAUAAAGAAGCAGCGGAUUUUGUGACUUACUAUGGUCUCCAUGUUUCUAAUGGCUGGGUUCAACUGAACCGUUUAAGAUUCAAGGAAUCCAAGAGGUGCUUCAAGCCCAAGAUAUCAGCGUUUAUUAAAGAGAAACUAACUGGGUCAAUUGGAGAAAUUAUAAAUGGAGGGCCAUUACCCUCGGUAAUUCAACACAUACCAGUAUGUAGCUUCAACAAGGAGAAUUUAUACACAGGAGAGAAUUCUGAAAUAGAGCCAUCCAACAGUGACCAGAAAACCAAUUUGAAUAUGACAGCUCUUCCCGAAAGAAGUAAAGGAGACCUAGGAUCGGUGGUACAUCCUGAUCGCGUACCACCGGCUCAGCCUUGGACUCGACCACCGUCAGCCUGCGAUUCUCUUCCACAGUCCCCGUUUCAGGGCCUUUCGCAGAAAGAGCACCGGCAACGGCCACCGUUUGACUUUCAAUCCCAGCCACGGUUUUAUCAUCCGUUAUCAAUUUCAGCUCCUCCUCUAGCUCCUACGCUAACCGAGCAACCUCCUCCGCAUCUAUCGCGACCCGUGCUUCCGUCUCUGAACGCUUUCCUGGAACUGGACAUCAAAGAAGUGGUGGAAGAGCUUGUCCAAGAUAUUGUUGAAGAAGAAUGUCAAGAAAUCAUCAAUUUCUCUACUGCAUUAUGCUACACUCCUAAGGAAGGUCAAAGAGCGCAAAUAUUUUCUUGUUCUGAGGAGACCUGCAUUAACCUAGUAACUCUUUUUCUGGAAGAUGAAAUUUUCCAGACAGCCCGGGAAACCUUACAGGAAUUUCAGCAUUUCCACAAGUGUUUGUGGCGUUGGAGAAAUGUGGUUAUAAAUCAGAAAAAAAUGAAGCGCAAGCUCAGAGUAUUCCCAGCUGCACCAUGUUACGUUGAGAACACAAAUGAACUGAAGGCAUUAUUGCCCAGUGCAGAAUGCCCUAUUCCUAAGGAGUAUUUUUCUAAGGGGAUCUUGGAUCUGGGGCAUGCAGGAAAACUGGGAAUCUCCUGCAUCAGAUUAAAUAGGCUGAGAAAUGAGAUGAUACAUCAAAUGAAGGUUCAGUAUUUUUACCAGAAGUUACUGAGAGAAGCAGCCUGGACUCCACUGGAUCUUCCAUCACUUAUCUCUGAACACCUCGCACUUCAAAGAGAACACGUGUUUUGGAAGGUGGUUUUAGUUUUGCCGGACAACGAAAUGCAUCCAUCCGGAGAUCUCAGCAGAAUUCUAGGAAAUUGGUUAAAAGUCAAAUUCAUGGGAGCUGAAAUUUCUAAAAAAGUAAACAACAAUGCUAAAGACAAAAUCCAGACACUUGCACUGUUUCAGUAUAUUAAGCAACAAGAAGACUGGGCAACCCAAGUAAAUGUGUGUGUAAAGGUAGUCCAAGGCAUUCUCAGUGACGCAGAACUGGAGACGGCUAAAAGUCAGAAGGAUUUUCUUGGAACCAGUGGCUUCAUUCUCCUCCUUCCAGUGAGAGAGAAAAAUGAAGAUUCAACCAAAAUAGAUGAAUUCUGGUUUUCAGCAUUGCUUCAGUUGAGAAAGUUGCUUGAGGCCAAGCCUGUCCUUCCAGUUAUACCUCUAAUAAUCCUAGUUCCCAUUCAGGGAAAAGAUGAAAUAGAAAAAGAUGUGGAAAAGGGUCUCCUGCUGCAGGACUUAAUUUCAAGUGAACUCAUUUCUGAUUACAUUAUUGUUAAGAUAUCUAGUUUUUUAAAUGACUUGGAAGCCAACCUCCAGGUCUCUAAGGCAGUGAAAUGGUUGGCUUCUCAUUCCCCUCGCCACCCCAAACUCUGCUGCCAAACUCUUUCUCAAUUCGUGGAAGAUGGGGUUCACCGCGAGUUCAGUCGACGUUUUUUCUGGGACCGGAAAGAGAGGCGUUUAGCUGGACUGGCAUCGCAGAAGCCCGGGCCUAUCAUUGACCUCUACAACAGUGUACUGCAAUUCCUUGCCGACGUCAUAUCCUCAGAAUGGUUAAGUAAUCUCUCGUGGCCCGUACCUGAGUUUGCCGAACCCGAGGGUACCGGGCAGCUUCCUCACCUCUACUGGAAUACACCACGUCACCUUGCCUGGCUGAAAGAAGCAGUACUCUCCUUCCAGAUCCCGCAGAUAGACAUCCCUCCUUCAGCUCCUUGGAAUUUUAUUUGCACCACAAUUUUUCAGUAUAUUUCUCAGAUUCCCAGUUCACAUCAAACUCAACCAGUUCUGCAGGUUCAAGUGGAGAAUUUACUGAGCGGAAUCUACUUCAAGUUAAAGGACAAAGAGUUAGCCUCAUCCGGAGAGGGUGGAUUUUCAGUCAAAGACAUCCCUUGGGAUGCUAUCAUUUCUUUAUGCAUUAACCAUAGACUGAAGGAUUGGAUGCCCCUGACAUUACCGACCGUGUCAGAAGCCCUGAGCAGAGAUGGAGAAAUACGCGUUUACUUUUCUAAGGACCAUUUAAGUGAAUUCACUCGUCCUUCGUCGUGGGAACGGGCCAGGUUGAGAACCCAGAGGGAGAUCCAGCAGAGUUAUGAACGUUCAGUGAGCGACUCUAACCAGUCUUCGAAGCCGAAUGACGGAUUGGGAAUGACUGUAGAGCGGAACGAUGGCCGCGGGCGCGUCACACCUGGCAAAAAGAAGGAAUACCUCCCUGUGGAAGCUUCAGAUCCCUCCUUCUCCAGAGAGGAACUGCUCUCAGCUCAUCUUUCGACCUGCCUUCAGCAAGAAAGGGAAGAAAGCAAAAAGUUCGAAGAUCAGAUUCAGCAGUGGUUGACGGAAGACCCUGGACAACUCAAAGUGUCUCUGCCUCAGCAAUUUACUCCAGUAAAUUUACUUCAGCCUGUUGCAUUAGGAGUCAACACCCCCGCAUUAAUUGAACUGCAGGUUUCGAGACAGAUGGAAAACACACGGUCUAUGCAGGAACCAAGCACCUCACUGUCCAAGCGCCUGCGACACUUGGAAAACCUAAUUAGAGCUACCAGGGAAGAAGAUAGGGUUUUCGAUCUUCAGCUUUCCACUCUGAGAGACUUAGGAGGUAUUUGAUCAGCGCUAGGGCUAGAAGUGCACGCCGAAGCCAAGAGUGUCAGAUAAGAAAAAUAAACUAGUGAAUUGUUCCCGGUGGAA